AUGGGAGGCGCAGCGAUAACUGGCGAUGGCGAUGGCCUCAUUCCGCACUUCCUUCGAGACCUCUUUGAGGCGCUGCGUAAGGAAGCGAGUAUCAAGACAACGGCCAAAGUCUCGUUUCUGGAGAUCUACUGCGACGAAAUCCGCGACUUGUUGGUCGAAAGUGCGAGUGACACAGCACGGAAUACUGCGCGGCAGAAUUCGGCUACAAGGCUUACAAUCCACGAAGACGACCAGGAUGUGUGGGUGGAGGGACUGCUGCAGGUCAAAGUGAAGAACGUCGACGAGGCGGUGAAUCUCCUGAAGGCAGGUCGACAACGACAGACUAUUGGGGCUCACGCUCUCAACGACCAUUCCAGCCGGUCGCACGCUGUCUACACCCUCGAAGUCUCACGAGUGUUCGCCGACGAGAUCAAACGCGCUAAGUUGACAUUUGUGGAUCUAGCGGGGAGUGAACGCGUGAAGAAGACGCUGAUGGAAGGUCAGGGCAUGAAGGAGGGAUCCCAUAUCAACACGUUAGGGAACGUGAUCAACGCGUUAGGCUCGAAACAACGGCGUCUGCAGCGUCGAAACAGCACUGGGGUCAGCGGUCGACGUGGCAGCAUUUCGGGCUGUGAAGAUAUCACACCAAUGGACUCAACUCACGUUCCAUACCGGUCAUCAAAGCUGACACGGCUGCUACGAGAUGCACUCGGUGGGAACUCGGUGACUUUAUUCAUGUACGAAGCCACAACUACGUCGUUGCUGGCUCGCUUGACUGGAGACAAAAGCCCCCAACGCCGCGAACAACGCCGACCGAUGACCGACCAGAGCACCCAGUAUGAAAGUCCGUUAUCGUUCCACCACGAGCGCAAGACGCCAAUCGAUUACGUGUUGCUUUCGCCAAGUCAAAUCUACCUUGAAGUACAUCAUCAAAAGCAGAAGGCCCUCGCAGGUGCACCUUCGCCGUGGCCUCAUCGCCGUCGCCUCGACACUCCUCGCAGUCAAACCAGACAUCCGUCAAUACAAUUUCCCGAAGUCGGCAGUAAUAACGACCUGUCUAACCAGCGGUCCACCAAGCCGCCCGAUACACUUCACGAUAUUCUCCGACAUACUCGAGAGUUGUUCGAGCAUGGUUCAGAAGUGCUGGGUUCAGAUAAUAAGCCAGAGAUUCGUGAGUCGGAGCAUGACGAGAGCUUUCCGAGCCCCCCUUUAUCGUUCGAUGAGUUCCUGAAUCAACUGGUAAAUCUGUACAAUCGACGAAGUCGUCAACAGCAACUUGUACAUAGACUCGGGCAACGUCUUCGCCACCUCAUGAGUUUACUCGGUACGGACGCAGAACCGCAGAUGGUCGAGCUGUCAAAGUACACUCUAGUGCACCAGCUCCAUACACUGCAAGAACAUCUAGAAGCCUAUGAACGCGUCGUUGCUGAUAGACUCUGGAAGCGUUUGCAACAUCGGGAAUCAGCUGUCGAAAGCUACGCGGACAAUUGGAACGACAAGUUGACUGAGGUUUUCCUCUCUGACGAUCAGUAUGAGGCCUGCACACCAUGGCACGCACACCGUGGCGAUCAUGACUUUUUCCAGCAUCACAUUUUACCAUUCGUUCUGAAUGGUUGGAUCUCGGUUACGCCUGGUGACCUCGAAAACGAGCAGCUCUGGCUUACCUUAUGA